AUGUCCAAGUCAGUUAGCAAGCUUUCAGAAAUCAAAGAACGGUUGGAUAGGAUAAAACGAAAUCAAGAGCUUCCAAAUUUCUUAGACAUUCCUAUCCAAACUCCCUUGGCAUUUAGACAACUAUCAAUUGACACCCAAGGGAGAAGGACAGAAGAAGAAGCUAACUCGGGUUCAAACUCCUCAAGUUACUUGUCAGAAGAGGAGGAAGAAGAACCCAUGGCUGGAUUGAAUCAGACUAUAAGGCAACUGUCUUCAUCCAAUGAAGGAGGAGCUGCCCCAACUUGCAUCAUCUACCCAGAACCAGCUGAUGGUAAGGUAGCAGAGUUUGAAUUGAAGAGUGGUUUCUUGCACCACCUUCCCAAGUUUCAUGGACUUAUGAAUGAGGACGCCAAUAAGCAUCUCAAGGAAUUCCAGUUCGUGUGUGGGAGUAUGUGCCCUCAGAAUGCUGACCUUAACAUCCUAAAGUUGAAGGCAUUCCCUUUCUCUCUUGAAGAUAGGGCGAAGACAUGGCUGUUUGAUCUUCCCUCACGCCAUGUGGACUCUUGGAACAAGAUGGUUAAUGAAUUCCUUACAAAGUACUUCCCAGCCUCGCGGGUAACUGUCCUAAGGAAGCAGAUAACUGGGAUACAACAAGCUGUUGAUGAAUCAUUCUGCUCCUAUUAUGAGAGGUUCAAGACUUUAGUGGCGUCAUGCCCUUCACAUGGGAUGAAGGAGGGGAACCUACUCACCUAUUUCUAUGAGGGACUUCUCCCUCUUGAAAGACAAUUGUUGGAUGCUGCAGCUGGAGGGUCCUUUAUGGAUAAGACACCUGACGUGGCUAAGGAGCUGUUGGCAAAUCGUUCUCUCAAUUAUCAACAAUAUGAGGGGGCAUUAUCCUCCUCAAGGAGGGUAAAUGAGGUAACUUCUAACUCAGCACUUGAGGAAAAGUUGAAUAAUAUGAGUGCUUUGUUGUCUCAGGUAUUGAUCGGGAAAGGCCAAGAAGGAGUAAUGGCGUGUGGGGUGUGCUCUACUCAAGGGCAUCCAACUGAUCAAUGCCCCCAACUAAUACAAAAUGGUGGAUGGGAGUCCUUAAAUGCUUUUGAAUCUCAAAGGUACAAACCUUUUUCCAACACGUACAAUCCAGGGCUUAGGGACCAUCCUAACUUUCGUUGGAGCAAUACGGAGAAUGUUCAGAAUCCCUAG